AUGUCAUUCUUUAGAGGCACAUUCAGCACAUCAAGCCUUUUUAUAAAUACAGUUGAUAGUGUUACAAAAAGAUUUGCAACCAAGAAAUCAGCAGGUUCAACUAAAAAUGGUAGAACAUCACAACCAAAGAAUUUAGGUCUCAAAAAAUCAGGUAAUCAAUUAGUUUAUCCAGGUGAAAUUAUCAUAAGACAAAGAGGUACCGAAUUUCAUCCAGGUACAUUUGUUGGUAUGGGUAAAGAUCAUACUAUUUUUUCAAAAACAAUUGGUUUAGUUAGUUUCUCAAAAGAACCAAAAUUCCCAGGUUCAAAAAAAACUCGUAGAUUCAUUUCUGUAGCUCCUUUAUAUACCAACAAUAUCAAUAUCAAUACCAAUAUCGAUACCAGUAUUGAUACCAAUGUCAAUAAUAAUAAUAGUAAUAUAAAUAUUUAA